UACUAUGGAAGUCAAUGGUUACAUGUUUCCAACAUUCUUCAAAAUAUCUUAUUUAGUGUUCAACAACAAAAGGUUGAUGCCAGAAUGAUGCCAGCAUUUUUAUUUUGUGGUGAACUGCAGUAUCUCUUUAACUGCUCCCAGAUCAAUCUUGCAUAUCACUCUUCUGUUUUCACCACAACAAUUUUGUAGUCAACAUGUUGUCUUUGUAAUUUCAAGAUGAGUAAGGAAUUGAUCGGAUUUGAUGGCAGAACUAUCCCUUUAAGCUCUUUCAAACUUUUUCUUUGUGAAAGUUUAGCCAAGUGACAGUGGAUAGUCAUUAAGAUUUCAUGCGCACUCCACAGCCUGACACUUUACUCUCUGAAUGUCUCCGUCAGCUCCUAAAGGAACGCAAAUGCACUCUUACCCGCACGACAAAAUGAUUUUAUCCCUGCUACCUUGAGGCGAUUGAAGUUAGGAUGGGCAAGCUGGGAAUUGUUGUGAUUUUGCUUAUACUGGAUCAAGCAUCAGCCACUGCUGGAGGAAGCAAAAAAGAAGACCAAAGGGAGGCUAUUUUAAAAGAGCUUGUCGAGAUUUGGAGGAAAGGUGGAGGAUGGAACCCACACCGAGUACAACCGCCAGCAGAAAGACGGAAAGAUCAACAAAUCCAAUCCAUCGUGAAGAGCAUCAUGGGAGGUCUCAAAUCCCUCGGAGUCCUGCCAAAGAAAAAAACCGUCCCAUCUAUAAACAAAUCCAUUGAUAGGAAUAGACUCUCAGGAUUUCUGUACAACAUCUCCAUGUACUUACAGGAGAUGAGCGCCGAGUUAGAUGAUGGCCAGGGUUUUAGUGACGACCAGUUUUGGGAGAACUUGCUCUAUUCCCUUCUCCAAACCGGAAGGGAAGCCUCGCUUGGGAUGUGGGAUGGGAAAAGUCCUCCGCGGCCCACUUUUAGGCUUCAGGAUCUGUUCCUGUCUCUUAGGGGAAGCCAACACUGGGAUGGACUUCUAGGUUUGGUGCAAAGCCUUUUAACCCUCUCCGAAAAGCAGCCCCAGAAGCCCAUUUUAACCUUUAUUUCGCAGAAUUGGAAAACCAUCAGUGCUUUGCUGGAAACGGUUCUCCAGGCGGUGGUCAGCGGGACGUACGGCCAAGCAGUUGCAGGUCUCCAGGGUUUUAUAUGUGUCUUGAAAGGACGAAAUGAUUGCUCCUUUAACCUGAGCUGGCUUGAGCAGCUCAUAAGCUUCAUGGAGACCAGGAACUGGAAACCUGUAGUCAGUCUUCAUCCUGUGAACGUGGAGAGCCAUCAGAGAGAUGGCACCACCUCUACAGGACGAUUUAAACCCUUCCUUGUCCCACCUGAAGUGCUUGAGGAGCAGCUCUUGUUGAAUCAGUCUGAGAGUUUUGCUUCAAUGCAAACGCUGCUGCUUCAGGCUUUGUCAAGGUCAAACACUGGAGAAAGGGCAGUACAGUUCGCCGAGCGUAAUCCUGCCCUCCUGAAGGGCUUGGAUAACCUCAGACGGGGAUUUCUGCACAAUGUGGGCCGCAGCGUCUAUGGUAAUCUGAGGAGGAAGGUGUCACAUAUGACCAAGGCACUGCUGGAGGAUGUGAGCAGCAUGGUUGGAGAACCACAGUACAGUCGACAUGGAAGAUGUUCUGUAGGUGACCUCAGGCAGUUAAUAUUAUGGGGAAUUAGACAUAACUUGACUUGGAAUGCUCAAGCGAUGGGUUUCAGGUCAGAUGGUUUACCCAGCAGGCCGUCUUUCAUGACUUGUCCAUCUUCAGAAGAGGAAACAAGGACUUUAAAACCUCAACCUUCAUCUAGAACUAAACUUCGCCAAUCCCACAUGAACGUUCAGGAGCAGACUGAUGGAAACCCCUUGAUCUCUGCGGAGAUUCUGGAAGCUGCAUGUAAUGCCUCUAUCCCUGGUCUCACCGGGGUCUCGAAUUUUACCGUCUUCCUCUACUGUAAUCUUUUUGAUGACGAGAAUGGCUCACAGGACCCUCAAGUCAACCAUUUAGGUGUAGACCUGCAUGCAACCUGCUCAGAUGCUGCGUGGUACCUUUCAGCAGCAGAGGAAGAUUUCCUUUGGGUUCACGUUUGCAGUGAAUUCUUCGCUCACGAGUUCAACAAAACAGUGUGUGCCAACUCUACAUUCUGGCUGCAGCAUGCACAACAGGUAGAAGCUACAAGGUAUUAUCAGUACCUCAACCAGUCAAGUAUUGAUGACCUCUGUCUUCAGCUCUCCAAUGAAGCUCCUGCUAAAUCUCCUAAAGACGACACUGAAGAUUGCUUAGCUCUGCUAAACAGCAAAACUCUAACUGCCCAGGACUUUAGAAAAUGCUUUCUCCCCAAUAACACAGCCCUCAUCACCUCUUUAUGUGGAAACGAGUCGUCUCAAAUACCCCAAGAUGGCAGCUGGGCUGCGGAGUAUUGCUCCAAAGUCACAAUCAAUCACGAGCCACCAAAACAAAACUGCGACUAUUCAGAGUGGAAGCUGGAAUAUUUCACAAACUCCACCGCCCUUGAGCUUUGUAGCAAAGCAGGUCUGAAGGACUAUAUUUGUAAAAACGCCACGCUUUACCUCACACUACUUCAAAAGCAGCCUUCACUCAUAGAUGACUGUUUGAACUCUGAGGAGAAACUCGGCGCCAAAUGCGUCCUCCAGAGGCUGUUUGACAUGCUGCCUGCACCGUAUGACUUUGACACUUCUCAACUUUGCGUGAACCCCUUGCCUAUCCUGCAAGACGCCAUUCAUAAGCUUACUUUAUGCGAGGGGGUAGUGGAUGAACGCACGGGAUGGUUGGCGACGGUGAGUUACGUGCUUCGAGUUUUGGAUUUUGUGGUCGGGCUUUCAGCUGGAUUUGAAGAAGGAGAGCUGGAAGUGCGUGAGGGUUUGGGUCAGGCCAUCCUUCUGUCCAGCCUGCAGGACAAUGCCUCUUUUUGGGCUACUCUACGACCCAAUGCGUCCCUGAGUGUACUUCACACUGUUGGCAUCUUUCUGAAGAGAGAGCAAAACUCCACCUUAAAAGAAGAUCUUUUGAGCUGCUUCAGUCCUGUCCUGUGGGACCUCAUUCAGAGGGAGGGAAACUCUUCCGCGUUAAGAUUUUUAAUGCAGGAGUAUCUACAGAUGCCCAGAGAGAGCAUUCGCAGUGUGGUUCUGUCCGCAGAGAAAGAUGCAGUGAAAAGAUUUCUGUCCCAUGUUCAUCAGAGCUGGGAUCAACUUCAUGUGGAAACUAUACAGGUCUCUCCAAAAGAACAAGCGGCCAUGGAAAGUAUGACCGCUGCUUUCAUCCACAAGUUUCCUCGAGUCACACCUGAGCUUUUCAUCGACCUCUCCCAGUUUAUACCAUACAUGUCCGUCUCUGACAUCAUGACCUUCCCUGCCUCUCUCAUGGUCAAUGAAAGUGUACUGAUGGCCAUAAGCGAUCACAGCUCUGAGAUGAAGUCUCUACAAAAGCAAGCCUUUGUAAAACGCCUGCUGCAGUCCAGUGUUGCUGGAGAAGUCCCUUCGUGGCCUCCAUAUUUCCUCAGCUCCAUUCAACCUCUUCUUCCACAUCUCCCAGUUAGUCACUUUCAGCAGCUCACAUCUCAGCAGCUCAUGCCAUUAAUGGAGAUGUUGGGGAACAGCAGUCUGGAUGCCACAAGGGGGCGCCAUGUACUUCGUACCGUCUUCGGCAGGGGAAAGAACCUGACGAGUGACAACAUAAUGAGGUUAGGAGGUCUUAUAUGUUACGUGAACUCUGAAGACUUACAACACCUUUUGUCUUCGUCAAAUCUCUCACCUGUCCUGUGGCAGCAGCUAGCCCAGUGUGUAUCAGAGAGACAUGUCAGCGCAAAUGGAAGAUUGUCACACUGGCUUGGGAACGCUCUUAAAUCUUUAAAUGCCAGUAUCCUAUCAGCUUCAUUAAUGGGCUCAUUACAUGGGAUGCUGCCGCAAAUGGGUGCUUCAUUUUUGGAACCGCUGCCCUCAAAUGAGUUGUUGAAUCUGGUAACUCUACCGGAUGUCCCAACUUUCCCACCUGCACAGGCAUUUCAGAUACUCCACAAAAUAGCAGAAGAAACAAAUUUCAGUGCCAACACGCUCUGCAGAAUGAAGCCAUUGUUUCCGGGUCUGGACCCUGUUUUCUUGAAAAACUUGGUUAUAUCUGAAACUCCAUCUGAUUGUGAGUGUUGGAGUUCCCUGCUGUCUAAUCUGCGUCCUGCUCAUCGAGCGAUGGUCCAUUUUGCACUUCAACAGGCUCUGGAACACAUAGCUGCAAAUGUAACCCAGCAGCUGCAAUGCCUUAUACCGUUCGUCUCCUUGAAGAAAUUAAUGUCGGAUAUAGAUGGCGAGACAGUUCUUCAACAUAUAUCUCUGUAUAAACAUAUGCCCUGGUCUCAUCAACAGGCUCAAAUGCUGUUCAAGAUAAUUCAGCGGACUGUAAACAUCACAAGAGAGUCAAUACUGGAUUUAGGUCGUAUUGCUGGUGGCAUGAGCUGUGAAUGGCUGAUGCUGUGGGUAAAUGACUCCGGCUUCUCUGAAUUAUUACAGUUCAUCACUAAAUUGCCAGGAGGACUUAGACCUGGUUUGAGGAAAUGCAUUGUGUUGGAGUUACAGCAACAGCCUGAUAUUGAUCUAAAUGACUUGGACCCCUCAUUUGCUGCAAGCUUACCGUUGACCAUGAUGGAGCACCUGUCUAACUCCUCACUCAUAGGUGUACUGGAGCAUGUUCGACAACACUUCAUCGAUUUCCUUCAGCUUCCACGACACAAACAAACAGCUCUGGCAGAGAAAGCUAUUGACGUACUCGGCAUCUCUGAAGAUGGCCUCACCGGGGCCUCCUUGGACAUCCUCGGCCCUCUUUUGCCCUUUCUGGACAGGGAUGUGUUAGAUGACAUCGACAGAGAUGCCCUGAAACUAAGACUGGAGGAGCUGAAACAGUAUUGCCUGCCCUCUGACACCUUCAGACAAAUAUCAGCUUUGCUUACAGAGAAGAGCAUGCUGGGAGAACCAAAAACAUGGACGGUUGGAGAUGUCGAGCAUGUGGGAAGACUUCUGUUCACGCUUUCACCUCAGCAGAUAAAAUCAUUACCACUGGGUGAUUUAGGUAAAGACACGGUUGAGCAGGUUCUGAUGAGCCAGUGGAUUUGGAAAAACAGCGAACUGGGAGAGGCUUGCUGGGACUUAAAGGGAUUACAAGAAAAGAUGAACGCCCUCAUCCACAGGAUCGUUAAAGGUCGAUGGUGGAUGAGAAGGGGGCCCAUCCCAAGCUGUGCAGACAUUAAAGGGACAUUUCCCUCAGCCUGGAGGUCCUAUCAGCUGAAACGAAUGAAGAGGAGAGAACUGAAGACUUGUGUUGAGUUCAUCGGUCAGGAUGACACACUUGACGACGAACAACGUGAAGCACUUUGGAUGGAACUCAGACCAGUGUAUAAACCAGUGAAGCAGCUUAAACCAGAGCAGGUGUUGGAACUGGGUUGUAUAGUGACAGAAAUGGGCGAAAGAGAGCUGCAAGCUGUCGACUUGUCCAAUUUGGGUGUAGUAGCCCAUCUUGGGGACCUCAAUGGGUGGAACGCUAAGAAAAUGAGAGCAGUUGUCCUUGGCAUAAUGAAGAGACUUAAAUGGAAACCUGAAGAACUUGGUGUUGUGGAGCUCGUCUCUCUUGGACAUUUGCUUUGUGGUUUCACUUCUUCGGAAAUUUCCAGACUUGACCCGUUCAACCUGAGUGUUGCUGCUUUGUUUCUGGGGGAGAUUGUGCUGCCGUGUUCUGAGCAGCAGACCGAGGCGCUGACGUCACGAAUAUCCAAUCCUCUGGGCUUUGGUCCAGUCAGCAACUGGGGCUCCGAGGUCUUCACCGAGAUUGGGACUUUGGCAGCCGGGCUGGAGGACAUGGUAUUAUCUGCACUUAUAAAAGAGCAAGUGGAAGGACUGACGCCAGCAGCAAUAUCCCUGAUACCACCACGAAAAUUGGCUGUAGUAUUCAGUGCCACACAGCUGUCUUGGCUGAGCUCUGAACAAGCGUGUGCCGUGACAGAGGAGCAGUGGGCAGAAUUAGACAGCGAACAAAGACAAGCGCUUGGGAUGGCUCAGUUUGAAGGUGAAUUCAUGCUUGGACACAGAGGCAGGAACCAGGCGGCUUCGUUAAGGUUUACCGGCUGCUUCACAAAAUGUUUAUUAUUUCUUGUCUGUACAUUGUGGAUUCUCUUAUAACGAUUAAAACUAAGGCUAUUUA